AUGACAGACUCUCCCGCCCCAAAAUCCCACAUUGCGCACACCCUCCUCUCACGCGCCCACUCCCCCGACAGCGCCGCGCAACAAUUCACCGAGCGCAUCAAACAAAAGCCCCUCUUCCUGCGCCCAACCUCUCCCUCCGCCUCAGACAACCGCUCUCGCCGCCGUCUUCACCGUCUCCGCAAGCAAGAAUACUUCCACCGCCACCAGCGACCGCGGCCUCUGUCUGCGCGCGAGAAGCGUGCUUCCGGUCUGUACGAUCUACCCAAGGAGGAAUGCAAGUAUGCGAUCUUCAAGGGGUUGCACGCGCUGUGGAUCGAAUAUAUGCAGGAGGUUCUGGAUCUCAGGCCUGACGGGAAGACUGGAGUGUUGACGCCGGCGUCGCAUGGGGCUAAGCUUGUCAGUGCGGAUUAUCAUGGUGCUGAGGUUGAGGUUGUGAGGAGUCGGUCUUCUGGGCGGGUUGGGAUUAAAGGGAUUGUGGUACGCGAUACCAAGUUCACUUUCGUGGUUGUUACGGAGAAGAAUCAGGUUAAGACUGUCCCGAAAGAACAUACCGUUUUCCAAUUUACGUUGCCUCUGCCGACGAGUGAAGAACCUGCUGUGAAAGAGGGCGAUAAGAUACAAACAGACCAAAGCAAAUCGGGGGGGCCGAAACCAUUGGUGUUUGAGUUGCAUGGAAGCCAAUUUGAGAAUCGGCCUGUUGAUCGGGCGAAUAAGAAGUUCAAGUGGAGGAAUAUUGACUACCUCUGA